AUGGGCUGGCUGUGGGCAUCUGGUCCUCAAAAGGGCGAACCUGAAGACACAUCGAAACCACCCUCAAAUACAAACCCUCCCGAACCAGCGUCUCCGAAUGCACCGCCGACAAAGAAGAUGACCCCGGCCGAACAAGCUGAUUUUGAAUUUAAUCAGCUCUUCGCCAGUCUCCAAGAAGCAGAGAAGAACCCGAGCAAAUCCAAUGCGCUCCUGAACAGUGACGCGACUCCCUCAGAACCUACCUCCCCCAUCGCCGAAGAAUCUCUCUACCCGGACGAAAUGUCUUGCCGCACAGCGUUCGACUACGCCUUCUUCUGCCAGUCCUUUGGUGGCCAAUUCGUGAACGUUUACCGGUAUGGUGAAAUGCGCUCAUGCAGCGAGCACUGGGACAACUUCUGGCUCUGCAUGAAGACCCGUGGCUGGGGAGAUGAAUUGCGCAAAAAGGCCAUCCGCGCUCACAACCAGAAGAAGGCCAUCAAGUGGAAGACUGGUCCUAGCAGUGAGGACGUCUGGGAUGUUCGACUCGAUCCGGUCCGUGAUGCUUUCAAGGGCGAUUUCGCCGCACUGGAGCGCGAGAUGAAGGCUGAAGCAGAAGCCGAGGCGGCCUCAAAAGCGGCUGCAUGA